AUGGUGGUGACCCAGUUACCAUGGGAGGAUCUUUCCAAGAUGGAUCAGAUGCCUAUGCCGAAAAACAAGGCGUUGCUUCCUGAUGCAAAGGAACGUCUGUCGCAAUUGGCGGAGCGAAUUCAUGAGGAUAUUCGCACUACGAGCCAUCACGCGGAUUGGAUUCCUCGCUUUUCAAAUGGUCCUGUCCUUGAUGUGCUUAUCAUUGGAGCUGGACAGGCUGGUUUAGGCGUGGCGUUUGCCUUGCAGAGAGAGCGAAUUGAUCAGGUCCUGGUCGUCGAUCAGGGCGACGAUCCCUACCGAGUAGGCCCAUGGAAACGGUAUGCUCGAAUGCACACCCUGCGCAGUCCCAAACGCAUGAAAGGGAUUGAGAUCGAUGUGCCCAGUCUGCAUAUCCAGCGGUGGUUUGAGGCGUGCUAUGGUAAAGAUGCUUGGCUUCAUACAGAUCUGGUGCCACGCAUGGACUGGAACGAUUACUUGGUGUUCUAUCGAUGGGUCACAAACAUCGAUGUACGUUUCCGCACACGCGUCAUAGCCGUACAUCGUCCUAUCGACGCGGAAGGCCCUUUCGAAGUCGACAUGUGUGAAUCGGGGAACGAACACCAUCAGCACAAACUCUAUGCCCGUCGUAUUGUGUUUGCCCUUGGCCUCAUUGGCGGCGGCGGGUCGUACGUGCCACCGAUGAUCGCUUCGCUACCCAAAGAAAAGUGGUUCCACUCGGAGGAAGAGCUGGACAUGGCCUCGCUACAGCACAAACGCAUUGCUGUGCUUGGCGGCGGCGCGUCAGGCUUUGAUAAUGCCGGCUCAGCGUUGGAGGCAGGCGCCAAAGACUGUGUCGUAUUCAUGCGUCGUAGUGAAGUGCCUAACAGCAACCCACUGCGCCGGAUGGAAUUUCCUGGCAUGCAAGAACAUUACUACGAUCUAGAUGACGCAUCCAAGCUCGAGUUUACUCUAUUCAACGGCGGCUUGCCUCAGCCACCGACGCAGCAUACUAUCUGGCGCUGCUUUGAACACUCCAAUUUCCAGUUGCGCAUGGCGGAAUCUUGGGAGAAGAUCGAAGAGCAGGACCACGGCCUUGUUAUCCACACACGUACGCAGGCUGGCGACUCGUUGCAGUACAAUGUGGACGUGAUCGUGGCGGCAACGGGGUACACGGUCAACCUCUCUCUCCGCCCCGAGUUGAAAGAGUUCCUAGACGACAUCCAGCUGUGGUCCGAGGCGUAUCCGCCCUCGGCCACGACGCCCGCGAAGGAUAAUCCCUACUUGGGCUCUGGAUUUGAGUUUACGCCUCGUGACGCUUCAAAAGCCCCAUGGAUUGCUCGGCUCCACCACUUUUCUACCGGCGCACGUACGUCCAUGGGUGUAACUGGCAAUCAGCUCUCUGGGAUUUACGGUGGUCUGAAGCGUAUGGCUUGGUCCAUCGCAACGUCGAUCACCAAAGAAAACUGGCCCAUUCUUAUGACAGAGUUCCGUGCUUUCCAGCACAUUGAGGUCACCAAUGUCGGCCCUCAUGGUGAACAUGAUCGACCGUAUGCCAGUCAGCCACAAUACUGUGGUGAAUGUACCAUUCUUUCCAACUAG